GGCUCUCGGGCACCCGCGCGGCGCCCGUUGGCCUUCCCUCCGCUCGCCGGGGGCGCGCGCUGGCGGGCUUGCGGCUCGGACACCCUAGACACGCCCCCGCGGCCACCGCGGACAACGGCCAGCGUCCCCGGCGCGGCGGGCCAUGGAGGCCCUGCGGAGGGCCCACGAGGCCGCGGUCCGCCUGCUGCUGUGCGGGCCCUGGGCCUCGCGCGCCGCCGCCCGCCCCAAGCCGCGCGCCUCGGAGGUGCUGACGCGGCACCUGCUGCAGCGGCGCCUGCCGCACUGGACCUCCUUCUGCGUGCCCUACAGCGCCGUCCGCAACGACCAGUUCGGCCUCUCGCACUUCAACUGGCCGGUGCAGGGCGCCAACUACCACGUCCUGCGCACCGGCUGCUUCCCCUUCAUCAAAUACCACUGCUCCAAGGCGCCCUGGCAGGACCUGGCCGGGCAGAACCGCUUCUUCACGGCGCUCAAGGUCGUCAACCUCGGUAUUCCAACUUUAUUAUAUGGACUUGGCUCCUGGUUAUUUGCCAGAGUCACAGAGACUGUGCAUACCAGUUAUGGGCCCAUAACCGUUUAUUUUCUCAAUAAGGAAGAUGAAGGUGCCAUGUAUUAAAAGUGUCCAUCCAAGAACAUAAAUAUCAGUGGAUUUUCUCUAACAUUUUAUAAAGUUCAACAUUUGGAUGCUUACUCCUGCCAUGUCAGUAGAGAAAGUGAGUGAGAGCCAUUGAGGUGCAGACACCAGAAUCGUGGAGUAAUGCAGUCUAGCUUCGUUAAAGGUGCGCAUUUUAAAUGAGCUACAGAGUGAACUGUUCUUCAAGUAUACGUAAUGUUCACUUGUCUAAAAGCAAUUCUAAAUAACACUUUAAUCAAAGAAGUACUUAUGCCAGUAUAUUUAGUCCAGAAGAAUAUACUUGACACUAGUUAAAUGAAUAGCUUACACAAAGGAGAUAGUGUUACAUUAAGCUUCAUUAAUAAUAAAACAACUGACUAUUAGCAUUUUGCAGGAAAGGCUAGAACUGAUUUCCUUUGUAAUGGGCAAUGUUAAAUAACUAUAGCUCAUAAGUUUUAAGUCAAAUACUGCUCAUUCAUUGCUGCUGGACUUGUCAAUACUGACUGUAAAGGUUUGGUCCCAACACAAGGCUGAUAAAAUGGUUUUUAAUUACCAUGCUAUAAAUACAGCUUUUCAGUAGGGUUGCACCUCUUUUCACACUGGCCUGUUUGAUUUCUGAUAAUUUGUACUGCUGACUCUGCUUACCUGUUUUUCAAUAGCUAUAGUCAGUGUGACUUCUUGUCCAUAUAGUGAUAGGUAAGUCUCCUUGGAGAACAUCUUUGACAAACUACCCUAUUGAUCUCUGCAAUUCUCUGCUGCUUGCAGCAUUAAAUAGAGCCUUGAUUUCUUGUCUUAUGUGCUCACCGUGUAACAAUUAAGCAAAUGUAAUAUUUUCUUGUAUUACAUGAAAAUCAGUAGACCUCUUGAUCUGAUGGAGUUGAUGAUGGUGAAGGAUGAACUCAACAAUGGGGAAAGGCAUGGUGUAAAAACUUAAAUAUCAUUCAUUAGAUUUAUUCAGUCUUGUAAACUUUUAGUCUGAAAACAGUACUUCCCAUUGAACAGCAAUGGUUUAAGUUUUUUCUUUAAAGCUGCAUAUUACACCAAAGCAUUAAAGCCUAAAAGGGAGAAAGGGUAAAUGUGUAAGUCAGGUGACUGAGUCUAUUUUUAGCAUCAGCGCUCUUUUACUUUCUGACCUCAGGCUAAUAACUCUCCUCCUUUGUGUCUUAGUUUUUCCACCUGUAAUCUGAGAAUGAAACAAGACCUUUCUACCUGAAAAUGUACAUCAAUUUUACUUUUGUCUUUGCAAAAGCUCUAUUUUUAUAAUCCACAUUCUUCUCCCCCAUUAUUUACAUUUAUACUUAAAGGACUUCAUUAAUAAAGGGAUUUCAAAAAUAAGGCGAUGGGGAGAGAAGGAGGUGCCUUGAAGGCACACACCCACUAACCCUGAAGUGGCACGUGAGGAGCUAAACAGGCCCUGCCCUUCUGCGUAUCAGGAGUUUUCUUAAUUGAUGAAACCACUGAUUUAGCUUUUCUGUCAUAUUUCUUUGAUAGGAUUUUGUCUUUAAAAUAAUCCAACCAAAACUGUUUUAAUAAAGGUGUACUUUUAGUACAAACCCUUGCAUGUCUUCUAUUGUUAUUUCUAUGCAAAUGAACUAUCCGUAUUGGAAUAAAUUUCUAGGCAAAAUUCUUAGUUCCUAUGUAAGUUGUGAACCACUAUAAAGAUGCAGUAAACUAUUCGGGAGCAUGAGAGAGGCUGUUAAUAUAAAAAUCUCUAUUUUCUUAGUGCUGAUGUCCUAAAAUGCCAGAUUGUUCAAACAGUUACAGUUUACUUCACCACACAUACUUGGGCAUUAUUAUUUUUCUAAUGUUCACUUCCACAAAAAUUGAAACUUUUUUUGAGAAGGAGUUUCACUCUUGUUGCCCAGGCUGGAGUGCAAUGGUGCGAUCUCGGCUUACUGCGACCUCCACCUCCUGGGUUCAAGCAAUUCUCCUGUCUCAGCCUCCUGAGUAACUGAGAUUACAGGCAUGCGCCACCAUGCCUGGCUAAUUUUGUAUUUUUAGUACAGACAGGGUUUCACCAUAUUGGUCAGGCUGGUCUCAAACUCCUGACCUCAGGUGAUUCGCCCACCUCGGCCCCGCAAUGUGCUGGGAUUACAGGUGUGAGCCACCGUGCCUAGCCAGAACAUUUUUAAUUAUUAAAAACCAUAUGUAUUUUUUUAAGUACAUUUUACUUCAGGUCAUUUAUAUUUAUAUUCUCCCCAAACUGUAAGCACAGAACAUCUAUAGUUCAUGAAAUAUCUUUUAACUCUGUUAAAGAAUGAUGUUUGAAUAAGUGGGAUGACCUAAAAGGCAAAGAUCUUGGUUUCACUUCACUGAAAAGCUAAUGCAGAUAACAGAACCUUAUCCUAAGGCUAGUGGAUUAAGUAUCUACUGUUUUUCAGCGCUUACUAUUCAGACAAUAAUGAUGUUAGGGGGCAUCUUAACCUAAACAAGUACUUAGCAUUACAUCUCACCUGGGUCAACAGUCUAGGGUAUCAGAGUUAAGCUGUGUUACUGUAAAUUAAUGGAAAAUGUAACUGCACUUUGCUGAAAGAUCAAUGUCCGAUAAAGCCUGCACAAUCAAAUCUUGUUGCAAUGAUUGAGGUCUUUAAUUGCCUUUCAAAGAUAAGGUGGUAAUCAACACAGCCUUAACUGAUCUUUUUUACUAGUUCAAUUACAUGCUAAUGACCAGCGCCAAGUCAGAAUCUUUAACUACUUAUACUUCUUAAAUCUUAUGUUAGUAAUGAAAAAUUACUUAAGCUACACAAUCAAUAGAACACAAAUCUUAAUUACUAUAUUUCGCUUUCAUAUCAUUUAUGUGCUUGACAAAUGUUUCACCAGGGCUUUCCCGGCAGUAAGAAGUGUUGUUAGUAGUGACCACAGUCCACAGAGUAGUUUUCUAAUAUAAACUGGAGACAGAUGUUGAAUUUUUUCUUCUUUUAAUGAAAAUGUAGCUAAAACUGUUUCCAUGAACACAAGCUUGGCCAUUAGAAAAAAAGGCAAAAACCACAAUUACUUUUGCACGAACGUUUAAUAUUAUGGAAAAGGUUAAAAUAAAGGCAGAUGACAAAAGAAAAAAAUAGACAAAUUUGACUUCAUCAAAAUGUAAAAUUUUUGUGCUCCAAAGGUCUCUAUCAAGAAAAUGAAAGGCAACCCACAGAAUGGGAGAAAAUAUGUACAAAUCAUAAUACCUGAUAAGGGGCUUAUAUCUAGAAUAUAUAAAUAAGUCUUAAAACUCAACAACCCAAUUGAAAAUUUGAUUUGAACACACAUUUCUCCAAGAUGAUAUAUAAAUGGCUAAUGAGCACAUGAAAAGAUGUUCAGCUAAUCAUUAGGAAAAUGAAAAGCCCACAGUGAGCUAUCACUUCAUAUCUACUAGGAUGGCUGUAAUGAACAAGACGGUAAGUGUGGGUAGGAAUGUGGGGAAGUAAACCUCAUGCAUUGCUGGGGAAAUGUAUAUUGGUGCAGCUGCUUUGGAAAAGUUUGGCAGUUGCUCAAAAUAUUAAACAUGGAAUUACUAUAUAACCCAGCAAUUCUGCUCCUAGAGAACUGAAAAUAUAUGUCCACACAAAAACUUGUACACAAUUGUUCAUAUCAGCAUUAUUCAUACUAGCAAAAGAGUAGAAACAAAAAUAUCCAUCAACUGAUGAAUAGGUAUCAUGUAGCGUAGUCACACAAUGGAAUAUUAUUCAAAAAAUGAAUGAAAUACUGACCCAUGGUAUAGCAAUGAUGAAGCUUAAAGAUAUUACACUAAACGAAAGAUGCCAGUCAUAAAAGAUUUCAUUGAAUUCCAUUUAUAUGAAAUGUUCAGAACAGGCAAAUCUAUAGAGAGAGAGUAGAUUUGUGGUUGCCUAGGGCUGGAGAGAUUGGGGAGAAAUGGGGGUUACCACUAAGGGGUCUGGGGUUUCUUUUGGUGCUGAUGAGACUGUUCUAAAAUUGAUUGUGGUAUGGUUGCCCAAUUCUGUGAGUAUAUGCAAACCACUGAAUUGUACACUCUAAAUGAAAAAAGUGUAGGGCAUGGAAAUUAUGUCUUUUUUUUUUUUUUGAGAUGGAGUCUUGUUCUGUUGCCAGGCUGGAGUGCAGUGGUGCAAUCUCAGCUCACUGCAACCUCCAUCCCCUGGAUUCAAGCGAUUCUCUUGCCUUCAUGUGAUUCUCCUGCCUCCAUCUCUUGAGUAGCUGGGACUACAGGCGUGCACCACCACGCCCAGCUCAUUUUUGUAAUUUUAGUAGAGACAGGGUUUCACUAUGUUGGCCAGGAUGGUCUUGAUCUCUUGACUUCAUGAUCCACCAACCUCGACCUCCCAAAGUGCUGGGAUUACAGGUGUGAGCCACCGCGCCUGGCUGGGAAUCAUAUCUUAAUAAGGCUGUUAAAAUCAUUAAAGAGGAGAAGAGGACAAUGCACAAUUGGUGUUUAAUGGGUACAGAGUUUCGGUUCUACAAUAUGAAAAGCAUUCUGUAGAUGGACGGUGUUGUUGGUUGUAGAGUAACAUAAAUAUACUUACAACAACUGAAUGGUACAGUUAAUGGGAGGUUGGGGCAGGAGGAUCAUUUGUGCCCAAGAGUUCAAAGGCUACAGUGUGGCAUGAUCGUGCCUGUUAACAGCCACUGCACUCCAGCCUGGGCAACACAGCAAGACCUUGUAUCUAAAAAGAAAAAAAAAGGUUAAGAUGGUAAGUAUUAUGUUAUGUGAACUUUACCACAAUUAAAACAAUUUUUAAAAAUUAGCAAAGGAUUCAAUGUUAGUAUGAUAAAACAUGACUGCAUACAGUUAAAAAAAGUUAGUGAUUAAAAUAGUUAAAGCAUGUUGACAUCAUUUUCCAUGUUGCCGUCUCAGAAUUUAAAAAAAUUUACGAAACCUAGUUUUGAUUAAGUAGAUGAAAUUUCACUGGGAUCGUUUUUAGCACCAUUAUUAAAAUGAUACAUUUGGUUCGAGAUUACUUAAGAUAAGACCAGUGUAAGGCAUGUGAAGUGUUAGUACAUGAAAAUCAUCGUUCCUUAGAUCCUGGUUGCUGUAUAAAGAAUAUCAGCCACUACUAGUAAGCGGUUUUGUGUAGUAUUGCUUAUGGCCAUUUUAGUGGCACUUAGAUCAUUUUAAACACAGUUUAUGAACGUUGUACUACUCCAUUAUAUUAUUAAUUUAUCUUUGCUGAUAUUCACAGCAUCAAUUUAAAAGCUGUAAAACUUCAUGAAAAGUAGCUUAAACGAGGAUUUUGAUAAACAAAACGUUUCCGUUUUAAAAGCAAAUCAUGGAAACAACUUAAAGAAGAUUGGAAGUUUUUUUUGUUGUUGUUGAUAGAAUUAUGAAUCUUAUAAACUCAGUAUUUUUUAGUUAACCUAAAUACAUAAAUCUAUUUGAAUUCAUCUUAUGAAAAGAGAUAUGUCAUUGGAUAGAUGAUCAUUAUAUGCUUUAGUGAUUCAUGGACCUUGUUACAUACAUGCUUUGUAAUGUAUGAAUUAUUUAGUAAGAAAAAUCACAAUAAUUUUGUUGUUACUCAGAAAUGUAUGGGUUAGCAGAAACAAUUAUGCAGGCCCUGAAGCUGGCAUGUUAAGGUAACAUCAUUAACACUACGUAGUAUAAUUUUUUACGUCGUUAUUUGACAUAACCUUUACUGCUUCUGUGAGAAUAUAUCAGUAAUUUUACAACAAUCUGUCUGUAAACAGAACAUUGAAUUUAUUGACCACAAAGUGAUUCAUUUUACUCUAUUUUCAUAUUAGUACAUAAUUUAAAAUCAGACUUAAAAAGUUGUCUACUCAAGCCCUAAAGGAAGAAUAAAAAUAUACAAAAUAAAAAAUUAACACUCUAGCAAAUAGAUAUAAAUGUAAAACUCCACUUAAAGUGGAUAUUUCUAUUUCAAAAGAUGUAGAUGUUUAAGAACUAGAUGAAAAUAGAUGCCUUUGUUACCUUUUUUACACACUGUAUCAAGACCCUUCCUAUGAGAUGACAACCAAAAUUUUAGUUUCUUAUGUUUUCAAAUAUCUAAAUUUAUAAAAUGAAGGAAGCAAGAAUUUGAAAGUUUGAAUAAAAAUCUAAAUAGUGUCACUUAAUUUUAGAUCACAU